GCAAGAUCGGGUUUGCAACGAAUAACUGACGACGAUAAGCUAGAAACAGCAAUAGCUAAGAAGCGAGACGAAUUGCUGCGGCAAGCUGAUCAGGGAGACCUGAUAACUUUUGGGAUUGUGCCCGAGCUCGUCGGGCGCUUUCCAGUGAUUGUUCCUUUCCACAGUCUCGAUAAGCGGCGGUGA